UUUUUUCACAUCAAGCUCAAAUGCACAUUUCAAUUUACGAUGAUUGUGCGACCUGUUAUUAAAGUAAUCAUGGUAUUAGAAAUUAUCAACACUUUAAAUGCAAAUUUAAAUCUUACUUUUGUAAUGAAAAGAUAUUUAGUCGGGAAUAUGGACAUAUUAAAAGAUACUAGUAUUCUCCAGGAACAGUUGGUUUUUGAAAAAGGAAUAGGAAAUGACUCUGAUAGUGUUAUUUCGUUUAAUGAUUAUGUGGUUCAAACAUCGAAUAUUAUCAAAACGGAUACUCAGGACACAAUAAAACGGAAGAAACGAUUUACACAUUUUUCGGACAUGUCAAAUAAUUCGGAUAUAACGGAUAUAUCGAAGCGUUGCUUGUGUCCCUGGAAAACAAAAUGGAACUACGAUAGUAGAAGAACUCCGGUAUUUAUAGCAAAGGCUAUAUGUGGUAACAAGUGUAAUUUUAAUUUCACAAGCACACAGCUGUCUUAUUUAUCGGAUGUGUUAACUUCGUGCGAACCUUUCACAAGAGAUAUUCGAAUAUUUAAAUAUAAUAGGGAAUCUUACCUUAGGAAUUGGCCAGUUGCGUGUUUAUGUACCACCAAGCCGAGAUCUGUAAUUUCAAAACCAUGCAAGAAAGGAUCAAAAUCAUAUGGUAAAAUAAGCCAUAGAAGAUGCCCAGGUGUAAAGAAGAAAAGGACAUCGAAAGAUAAACGUAAAAAGCGGCGUAAACAGCGACGAUUGAAAAAUCGGAAUAAGAAGCUUACACGACAGAAAAAGAUCAAAAGGAAGUUGAAGACUUUGAGACAGUUUUCUCCUUUCCGUCACAGGAUAUUUUGAUGUCUGGUGUAAAUUGGAAAGUAAAACCUAAAGGUUUGCCUUGAGUCUGAGCCUGAUCUUUUCCUGAAUAUAAAAAAUUAAAAAAAGCCAUCGCACAGAAUAUAUCUUGACAUAGCAAAUGUUGUUUGCAAACACAACGACGGAUGCAAAUGAAACGAUUUAAGUUAGUCGUUGCACGGGAUACGGUUGUGUAUCGUCAUACAGUAUUAAGGAUAACGCUCCAGAAUCAUUAGAAUACCUGACAAUUUAUAUAUGUAUAUUAUUGUUAUACAAAUUAACAUGGCAGAAAGUCGGUAUGCAAUGUUCUCACCAUUGUAAGAUAACAACAUCUUAUAUUUAAAAAACGAAAUUUGACAUAAUGUUAAUAGUUUUGUCCUUUGUUUAAAAGACCAUAUGUAAGUAACAAAAGUUUAAGAUGAUAUAACUUUAAAUCGGCAUUUCCACGAAUAAAUAUUUUAAUUUAAAGAAUUAGCCGAAAGAUGAAAAUUGUAUAAAAGCUUGUAGACCUUUAUGCCUUUUGUUUGACUUUACAAGUCAAUAUCUUCACAAAACGUUAAAAGAUUACUUUCCGGAUAUUUUCCAAGUAUAAAGAAUUGAAAAUUAAAAUCGCCUUAGAUAUAUUCACGGAUACAUCCGGCUUCUAUCAUUAUAUUAUACCAUUAAGGACCGCUUCAUGGAAAUCUUUAUCAAACACUAAAUAGGACAUAAAAUCAACAACAAUGUAUUACAAUAUAAAUUGGCACAUUGGAUAGACAUUUAAUUAAUUUGUCACGUAAAUAAAACAACGUUCAGCAAACGAGCUAUUUAUAUUCUACAUAAAUGCGAAUUAAGAAUAGCUUAACUAUUAAGUAGCAAGUACAAAUAGUGUAUCUAACGUAAUCUAAUGUGACGGUAUGGUAUUAGAUUAAACUUUUUAUGACGACAUAUUUCAGGUAUUUUUGUUUGUUGACUGACAUUUAAGUCUUUAUCAGUCCAUGUUUUCUCAAUAUGAAAAUGCAAUUUUUGCGUCGAAAAUAUUCGGAUUGUUUGACUGGCAGAAAAUACCCUCCUAUUUAUUUUUGACAACCCGGACAAUUCUCCUCCCUUAAUUCUUAUAGGGCGGAAAAUUCCCCUUCCAUUGUUCUUUUA